UUUGGAAUUUUGUCAUAAUGAAAACAUUAUGGGCGUGGCUACUUAAUUUUAUUAGCCACGCCCCGUUAGGAGGAGGAGCGGUUUUAAGACUUCAAGUGUCGUUCAUUCUUUAUUGUGUACUUUUCUGUUGUUUAGGUCCUCUAAUGGGAAAACUCUGUAGCUUUAACUGUUUAAGAUGGUCUUUGAUUUUUUUAAACAUAUUUUACAUAACACUGGGGCUCAUCCUCAUCGGUCUGGUUAUAGCCACUAGAACCUUAACAUACAUGUCAGAGCCUCAUGUAUUAAUAGUCACUGCUGUCGCUGGCAGUAUUCUUGUCUUACUUGCCAUAUUUGGCAUGAUUGGUGCCGUCAGACACAAUCAAGUCAUUCUCUUCUUUUACAUGAUAGUACUUGGUCUUUCUCUUCUUUUCAUGUUUGCUGUCUCGGUGGCAGCUCUUGUCACUCCUAAAAAGAUUCAAGAGACAGCUCUUGCUACCAGCUGGGCGGCACUCAGUGACAGUCAGAAGUCGGCUAUACAGAUCAGUCUAAACUGCUGUGGUUUCAACAACGUGACACAGAACAAUUCUAAUAGUGAUAGCCCUGGAGAUAUGCAUCCAUCUUGUCACGUGGAGCCUUUGACCUCCCCUGAGGUAAUAGGAGAGAGAGAGGGAGGGAGA